UCGUACCCGGAAGUUAUUGUGUACACCGCGAAAUAUCAACAACCAUCCUUGAGCGCAGUGGACAUGUCCUUGAAAAAGUCUUUAAAAGUCUUCUUCAGAGUGUCUCUGCUGGACUAAAGCUGACAGCUGCGUGCACAGAAGGUUUAUUUACUUGUGUGUGUUGUGCUGUGGCCGUAAUGCGGCGGAGCAAAGCCGCCGUGAGUGUGGAGGUGCGGCAGGUGAUCGGAGCUCUGUGCAGACUGCUGGCGGCCACCGGGCUGCACGCUGUGCCCGCACCGGAGACCUUCAGGCGGGCUAAAUUUGGUGGUGGGCUCGAGGUGGAAGAUCAGUUUUGGCAGCUCCUCACCAGCAUCCUUCAGUCAACUGGCAUCGUUCCUUGUGAGGCCUUUAACCAGCUGGAAGGAGUGUCAAAGCACAGGAAGCUGGUAGCUGCAGGUCUCUGGCAGACUGGAUACCAUGCUGACUGGGUGAGUGGUGGGGAGGGUGGAGAAGGAGGGCAGGGAGGGAGAUUCUCCAGCAGAGAUCUCCUCCUGGCGCUGGGCUGGCUGCUCGCUACAGGAACACUGGAGAAACUGUUGACACAUCGAGUACAGCAGAUGGACAACAUACUACUCACACCUAUACCUGUGAACCCUCAGCUUUCCAGUGAGCUCCAGCUGCACUCAGCAUCUCUGAGGAAACUUCAGUGGCUCAUUGGCAGCCUGAAGUAUCAGGGACAGAUACUGCUUUCCAUGCAAGAAGAACGAACUCGCUUGCUUCAUGCUGUUUUGUUUGCCAUCCUCCAGACCUCUGUAUCUUCCCCUGAUCAAAGCUCAACAGUGCUAAGAGAGGAGUGUGUGUGUGUGCAGCAGCUCUGUGACCUCCUAGAAGCAUAUCUGAACUGGAAACAGGUGGAGAACGUCUUCUGGACCUGGAUGGAUAGUGUGGUGGACUGCCAUCUGACAGAUCCUGUUGUUGAAAAGCCUACACAUGCACCCAAUGGGAUCACAAGAGUGUGUUACCAUGGAAACCGGGGGCUAGAGAAAUUCGAGGACAUGAUUCUGAGACUGCCCAGAGGACAGAAAGGACAGCAGAGAGGCAGAGGGGAUGCAGAGGACAGAGGAGAGAGAGGAGAGAGGUUGCAGGGAGGAUCGGAUACCUCCUCCCUCCCCCCUCUUCUCUCCUCUCUACCAUCGCUGCCCACCCUCCCCCAGGUCUACCGAGCCAAACUCCAGACUGAGAAGCCGAUCAAACGCGGCUUCCGCCCAGCAGAGGUGCCCCACAGCUGGCCCGAGACUCCAGACGAGCUCCCAUCAUCUCAGGCCACGCAGCUUCUUCUUCAUGCAGAGGCUCUGCUGCUGGAGAGGAGGGACAGGCAGAGACUGGCCAACAGGAUUCAGCUGCAGGAGAUGGUGGGCAAGCUGGAUGAACUGGUGUUGAUACCGCCAUAGACUUUUUUUGAUCCUCAGCCAGCAUGGACAAUAACUCCUGUUUGUGUGAUGGAAGUGUUGUGAUUAUUAUGUGAUUAUUAAUUCAGAAAUAAAUGGACGGAGGAGUCUGCCAGAAAAAUCA